AUGCAUUAUCUUGUUGUAAUUAGAAUACCUGGAAAACAAUCUUCAAUAAAAGAAUUACGUGAUAUGUACGAUCGUGGUUUAUCAAUUGAAUUAAAUAAUUCAUAUUCUCCAGCAACAAUAUCUUCAUUAUUAAAAAUUUAUUUGCAAUCCUUACCUGAACCAAUAAUUCCAGUAAAAAAUUUUGAUGAAUUUUUUGAAAUCGGUUCAUGUUUUAAAUAUAAUCAAACAAAUGAUAUUGAUCGUUUAAAAAAAUUAAUAGAAAAAACAUUAUCAAGUACAAAUUAUGCACUUUUAGCAUACUUAUGCUUAUUUUUAAAAAAACUUACUGAACAUGCUCAGGAAACAAAAAUGGAUACAGAUAAUUUAGCUGUGACUUUUGGAAAUAAUCUUAUUCGAACAUCGGAAGAACUUGAUCUUAAUAUGAUUAAAGGACAUAGUUAUAACCUAUUACCAUUAAUUAAAGUAUUUAUUGAUCAUAGCGAAUAUCUUUUUCCAACUAAUUCAAAUGAAUUAUGCCAACGUCAUAAUGAAUCAAUUGCAAAAUCUAGUGGUUUCUCAUCAUUUUCUUCACUUUUAUCAUCCAAUGAACAACCGAUUAAGAUUCAUCCACGUUCAUCAUCCAUGCCAUCCAUAUAUUGUACAAGAUUUUCAUCAUUUGAUAGUUCAAAUUUAAGUUAUAGUGAUCAAUCAGAUACUAAUAAUGUGCAUUGUCAUUCAAAAUUACUUCUGAAAAAAAGAACAAGUGAUACAUCUGAACAAUUAGAUAGUCAACAAUCAUUUACAACAUGUUUUGAAGCAGAAUUUUCAAUAGAUCAAGAAAAUAAUGAAAAAAAUCAAAUAAAUGUUGUACAAAAUCGAUUUUCUGCUAUUGAUGUGAUAAAAGAUGAACCAAGAACUCAACAACGUGCAGCAAUAUUAGAACAAAAACAUAGAUCAUAUAUACCGUCCUCUCAACUUCUAUCGACAAGCAAUAUAUCAUCACCUGCUCGUAAAAUAUCAAAAAAAAAUUUUGCUAAUAAAGUCGGCAAAUCAUUAUCAAAUUUUAAAUCUAAUGUGUCAAAAGCAUUUAAUCCGCAUUUUUCUUCAACUGAAACUAUUCAAUAUUCAAAUACAAUGGAUGCAUCAUCUCAUCGAACAAUUUGUCAAAAUGACAAACGUAACACGUUUGAUUCAAAUUUGUUAACUGAUUGUUUAAAAUCUUUACAAAAUGAAAAUCAUAUAUUAAAAGAAUUAAUCGAUAAAAAAGAAGCUUCAUUCAUGAAUUUAACAAAAACAUCCUAUGAAGAACGUCUUAAAUAUGAAAAAGAAAUCAGUCAAUUAAAACAAACAAUUGAUGAAUUACGACUUGAAAAUUCGCAAUUAAAAGCUCAUUAUCAAUCAAGUAGCUAA